AUGUUUUUCUGGUGUGCUAACAAUAUUUUUAGAAAUGUAAUUUGUUUUCUAUUCCUAUUUGAUGUGAUGGAGAUAUCAUUCCUCGCCUUGAAAAAUGUGAAUAAGGAAACGAUAGAUAUAUCAUUUGAUAUCAUGUUCUUAAGACUGUAUUAAUGUGAAGAAAUGAAUAAAUGUAGAAAAUGUGAUAGUAAAUAAUUUCAAUCAGAUAUAUCAACUUCUAAGUGUCUUAUCAAUGAUAAAUUAUAAAUAAUCAAUAAGCUUGAUAAUUUAGCUUCCUUUUUGUUUAUAUAACUUAGAUUAGAUGUGAUAUAAUUAAAUCCUUAUUGA